AUGGAAGGACUGGAAUCAUCCGGACCGAUGACCAGCAAUAGCUCGGAUCCGUUGCUAUCGGCCACGUUACCAACUUCAUCACCUCCGCAACCGGAUAGCUACCGGAAUCAUAUCCAUGAUGAUAGUUACUCAGCUCAUGGUCGUAGUAGUCCUCAUAGCCAAACUGCUGGCACAACAACAGCAUUCAACCAGUAUACUACGCUAACACGCCUUCAACCACUUCCGCCUAUUUCAACCGUUACUAAUUCAUCCGUUAAAUUUAACCGUUCCACUGCAAGUGCUGCGGUAAGUGAAUCAGCCUCUGGUGCUCCUUCUGGUAGUAGCCUGUUUUUCCAACAAACUUCAACAAGUUCCAUGCCAGGUUCAUUGAAUUUCGGUUCAUUUGCAUAUAAUGUAAACAUCAAAUAUGUUUAUGAUAUGAAGAAUGAACCGGAUACGGAAGACGGUCAAUCAGCCGAUUCGAACAAUGAUAGUAGGAAUGAAUAUACAACACCCGUUACCUUACACCAACAGCUCCAUCAAUUGACUGAACCAUUUUCACCUUCCCAAUCACCGUAUGUACCAUCAUCGUAUAGUGGUGUCCUGGAACCGAAACAGGAAAAACUGGAUUUCAUCAGUUCAACUUCAUACAAUACUUUUAAUGGUCCAAGCGAUAUCUUGGAUACAGAGACAAUGGAAACCGUCAAAAGGAAUGGUUCCUCACCAUUACAAACUGAUGCAAUAUCACAUGCCGAAUCACCGGAUUCUGGUAGCGAUAUGGAUGAGCUAAAUACAAAGGAUCUUGCACAAAAAAUUUCCGCUGAACUUAAACGAUAUUCAAUUCCACAAGCAAUCUUUGCACAGCGUGUCUUAUGCAGGUCACAGGGAACGCUUUCGGAUUUACUGAGGAAUCCAAAACCAUGGUCAAAGCUUAAGAGUGGUCGUGAAACAUUUAGACGUAUGGCAAAAUGGUUACAAGAACCGGAAUUUCAACGAAUGUCUGCUUUACGUUUGGCUGCAUGUAAACGGAAAGAUGAACAACAAAUUAACGGUUCUUCACAACCAGCAACACCGAAAAAACCACGCUUAGUGUUCACCGAUAUCCAGAGACGUACAUUGCAGGUGGGCCAGUUGCAGGCAAUAUUCAAGGAAACCAAACGGCCAUCACGAGAAAUGCAACUAACAAUAUCACAACAACUACAAUUGGAUCCUACAACGGUUGCGAAUUUUUUCAUGAAUGCUCGCCGUCGUGGUCAUGAUCGUAGUAGGCAAGAGGAAGAACAACAACAGCAACAGCAACAACAACAACAACAACAACAACAACAACAACAACAGCAACUAAUACAACAACCACAAGGACGACAGCAAGAGCAACAACAUCAAUCAGAGCAACAACAAGAAGUGGUACUUAAUUCUAACACAAAUAGUGAAACAGUUCUUGGUCCUAUACCACCUCCACCUGUUUUUGAACAAUUGUGA